GAGCUGAGAUGCCUGAGUCUCCUCUCAGUCCCACGGCAGCCCGUCAAACCCCAGCCAGCAGCCUCCUCAGUCACACAGACAGUGGUGCAGGAGAGAGAGUAGCUAAUGGGGACUCCUGCAGUGGAGUGAGUGGAGAAAACUGGCAGAGUCUCUGCCAUAAGCAGGUCUUUCUGGCGAUGAUGGCUCCUCAGCAGAUGCAGCAGCUUCUGUCUCCAAACCAGCUGCAGGCUCUGAUCCACCAGAAACAACAAGCACUUCUGCUCCAGCAGCAACAUCUGAAAGAGUUUUACAAGAAGCAACAACAACAGAUUCAGCUGCUUCAACAGCAAUCCAGCAAGAAAACCAAAGAGCUUCCUGCACAGCAGCUCGUGUUCCAGCAGCUUCUCCAACUCCAGCAGCAGCAACAGCAGCUCCUCCGGGCUCAGAGACCAGCGCUGACUUCUCCUGCCCUCUCUCCAGCUUGUCUCAGCCCUGCAGAGAUGCAGCAGAUAUGGAAAGAACUCACAUUUGGAAUGAUUGAAGAUAAAACCAUAAUAAAGGGCAGCCAGGACUCCUCUGCUCCCAAAGUAAUGUCACCUAAAGUCACCAUUAGACAGACCAGUGACCAGCAGCCUCUGUCUCCUCACAGGGCGGAAUGCACUGUUAAAGGUGAUCGCACUGCCUCACAUGUCCUCUUCGGUCAUGGUGUGUGUAACUGGCCCGGCUGUGAGUCAGUCUGUGAAAACUUCAGCCAGUUUAUCAAGCACAUAGGCAGUGAACACACUCUGGAUGACAGAAGUACAGCCCAAUGCCGAGUCCAGAUGCAGGUGGUUCAGCAGCUGGAGCUUCAGCUCUGCAAAGAACGGGAGCGUCUGCAAGCAAUGAUGGCUCACCUGCAUCUGCCAUCUUUAGAGGCUCAGUCGCUCUCUGCACCCACACAGUCGCCACAAUCUGAUAGGGCUGCUGACCCUCGCGGCCUGCAGCUCGGCUCGGUCACCGUCAACAACAGCUUCCCCUCACUGAACCUGUCAGACUCAGCCCAGGUGUCGCCCCAAACUCUGGACCCUGCCAGCACUCCAUCGCAGAGCUGCGAAGAAGAGUCCCCCACCCAUACGUCAUGUGCUGGGGCCAUAAGACGCCGUCACCACCCUUUGGUUUACUCUCUGUCUUCAGAAAAUGAGUUUGAGCUUUACAAGAACACUGAUAUCAGACCACCGUUCACCUAUGCAACACUGAUUCGCCAGGCUAUAAUGGAAGCAUCAGACAUGCAGCUAACACUCAAUGAGAUAUACAACUGGUUCACGAGGACGUUUGCUUAUUUCCGACGCAACGCUGCCACUUGGAAGAACGCAGUUCGCCACAACUUGAGCCUGCACAAGUGCUUUGUGCGUGUGGAGAACGUGAAAGGCGCCGUGUGGACGGUUGAUGAGGUGGAAUAUCAGAGGAGGAGAUCCCAGAAGAUCUCAGGGAGUCCGUCACUGAUGAAAAAUGUGUCCUCCAGUCUGACUUUUGGAACCGUUCUGAAUGCUAGUUUACAGACCGCGCUGGCAGAGGCAUCACUGCCCGGAUUCAAGAGGGAAAAUGUGAACCGAAGCUCAAGGUCCCAAAUACAGGACAACAAAGUGGUGGACACACACAGAAACCAAAACUUCUCUCCACAAGUUCAGCAAACACUUUUCCUUAAAGACGAAGAGCUGAAUGCGAAUGAACAAGACUGUCUGCUGCCGACGGUAAAACCAGUCAAUCUGCAGCACAGUGUGACUGAAAAUGAUGAGGAGCACUUGUUUGACCUCGAAUGACCCUCUGCAGUGUUUGCAAUAAUACAUCAUAAAGCAGCAAGGUAGACCAUCAAUGAGCAUCUUGGGUCGUAGGACGUACAGUUUGCAGUAAUCCUGUACUGCUGUGACUUGAAUUAUGUAUCUUUUGUGGUGUCAGGCAGCCUGGAAUUCUCACCAAAAUAAGAGCAUUUGAUCAGAUACACAUAUCCAUUGGGCUGUUCAGAAUUUUGUUUAUUCAUUUCAGCAUGAAUAAACAAAUGCACACUAUUCACAUGCACAAUUACUGUUUGUAUGUGCACAAAAUGCAUAAACAAAUGCACAUAAAAUAUGAAUAAUGGUUGAUAUAAGUAUAUACAGGAAAUAAGUAUCUGUCAGUAUCUAAAUAUCUGGAGCAGUCCGCUUUUUCUCUUGAAUUUCAACCUUUCAGCAGAAGUAAGUGGAAUAGAGUGUCACCUGCGGUUUCUGUCCCGAUUAGCUAUUUUUUUAGAUCAACUUGGGAGUUUUCUUUAAAGAACAUAUAAUUAAGCGAUGACAAAAUGACAGUUAAGUACAACUUUUAACUGUAUUUAAAAGUGUUACAGUUUAGUCACCUUUGAACCUCAACAUUUUUUAAAUUUUUCAUAUGUACAUGAUAUUAUAAAUUCUUUUUCAAAAGACACCUCACCAAAAAAAUAUUCAGAUCAGACAAGCAUGCACACAAAGCCCAGUGAUAUCAAUGUAAGGGUGUACACACUGAAACAUACAGUUUGGGAGAAUAUAUAUAGGUUUAAAAAAGUUUUUUUUUUAAUUUUUUUUUUUUACCAUGAACAAAUCCUUUCUCUCGUGUUAUAAAAUGCAUUAAAGGCCAAAGUGAAUAUUCACAGAAUUAUGUAUUACGGCAUAGAAACUAAUUUGAUGAUCGAUGAUGUUCUGUUUAUUUGUUGUAAAUGUCUACAUGUAAUAGAAUGAAGCAUAGAGAAGAUAAAUCCCACUUUAAGAUGUAGAUGUGUCUACGAAAUUGUUAAAAAUGUACAUUUUGUGCUGUUUCUCCUUGUUUUCUCAGUUUGCUAAAGUGGAUUUAGUUUUUUCUAAAGCAACAUCAGUAUGUCGUAUGACUUUUUUUUUUACUUGUGUGCAUUAAUUCCAGUUGUGUGUUUCUACUGAAAUAAGGAAUCCUCUUUUAUUAAGGUUUGACUAUGAAAAUAGAUGCUGAGCACAAAGAAAAAUCUGUAUAAAGAUCUGUCUGUAGACAUGAGUCCAAUGUUCAUUAUUACUGUGCAAUAAAUAUGUAAACUGUUUAAAGUUGCG